ACUUGAAGAAGGCGAUUUGGUUUCACAGCUGUUCGUCACUCUUCCGAAAUCCUACGAUCCGUUUGUGACGGCUUUGGAAAACCUGGACGAAGACAAACUGACCCUGGAUCCCGUAAGAGAAAGGCUGUUGGCAGAAGAUAUGAAGAAGAGUGACCGCAUGACCGAUGUGCACAAGGACGAUCCAUUAGCGUUUGCUGGGAACAUUCGAAAGCCGUGGAAUGAACAACGAAAGGAGUCAUGGAAGUUCCGAGGGAAAUGUCAUCGAUGUCAAAAGACGGGGCACAAGGCGAAGGACUGCAGGAACGAUCCAGAAGAAGAUGAAGCAGAAGCAAACACAGCGAGCGGCAGAAAGGCGGUUGUGUUCAUGAGCGGAAAGUGCAAGGAGAACUGCAGCCGGAGAAAAAUUACCUUCAAGCUGGACUCCGGUGCUAGCAAUCAUCUAGUGAAUCGGAAGGAGUAUUUCGUUCGAUUGAAAAAAAAAUUGAAGCAUCCAGUCAAUAUUGCUGUGGCGAAGGACGAUGAAUCGAUUACCGCGUGGCACAAAGGACAAAUCGUAGGAAUCAAUAGCCAAGGAGUUGAGUGCCGCAUAGAUGACGUUCUGUAUGUGCCUGAUGUAAGAGCAAAUCUGCUUUCCGUGAAGAAGAUGGCCGAAGCUGGAGUUAACGUUUCUUUCGGGGCAUUGGCAGCUGAGAUGAAAUACGACGGCGAUAUCAUUGGUGUGUGCCCUGUGAGAGGCAAUUUCUACGAGCUGGAUAUCUACCAGGAACAGGCGGCUGCGAAUUUGUGCGAUCAAGCUCGAGGCAUUGAAGGAUCUUCGGAAAAGACGAAUCAACCUGCUACCGGAAGACUUGAGCAAGAGGGGGAGAGACCAGAUGAGAACAGCGACGGCCAAGAAAGCUUCUGUGACGAUGGAGAAAUUUUAUACGAUGCUCAAGACAUUCCGAACGCGCUCCCUUCGCAACUUGAACAUGGUCGAUACCUCGAUAUGGUGACCAUGAGGCGCAGCGAAUGGGAGCGCAUGUUUCCCGAUCGACAUUCGGAGAUACCACGAACAAAGCACGUGCUGGCCGGUGCAAACAGUGCUGUUGCGAGACGUUCAGGAUCGCAGUUUCGUCCCCGAGAUGCGUCAAUACCAUUCGAUACGAUUGCUGGCCACCCCGAUGAAGCACCAUGGAUGAUGACGAAUUCGAACGGCGUCUGGAAGGUGGAGAUGCACCCGCCUGAUAUUGAACCACGACAGUCAAAGCAAGUGGUCCGGCCAAAGCAUCGGAAACUGACGAAGCGUAAGGGAUCGACUGAUUGAGAGGGGGUGUUGAAGAUCGAAGUAAUCAAGUACCCCGUACGCUAUCCUAGUUACCCGAUCAAUACAUUACCCUAGUAACCUGGUUGUUGACGAGUGUCAACAAGUGAAAAUUUCUAUUCAUUCUCUGUUAAACCUCCGUCCUGUGAAGACCUAAAUAUAAGUUGUUCUUAGUUCAACCACUGCGUUAGUUUCUACCUUCAAGACAAAGUUGUUUACAAAUUCCUUAUUUUUAAAAGGUAACUUUGAACUCG